AUGCCAUCGACUACUUUUUUCCACACUUCAUUUUAUUUUGUUGUUAUUUUCAUCUUCACAGUUCAUGGAUAUCACAGAAACCCUGUAAGUUGAAAAAAACGGAGGAAUAUUUUCUAAAAAUUUUUUAUCCCGAAAAAAUGAAAACUCAUUUUGAAAAUUUCAGUAUUUUGAUGAUUCGAUACCUGAACAAGAAACUGUUCUGACUGAACAUGACUAUCGUAUGAUAAAUACUUAUCGAAAAGAAGAUCGAUGGUAUAACUCAAAUGAUUCAGCAAUGUAUAAUCCACUUAGAUUUGAAGGAGAUAUCGGUAAGUUCUUAAUCCUCUUAUACUUAUUCUAUUUGAAUUUGUUGACAAAAAAAUGUUUUCAGCAAACAGUGGAUUGAAUUCCGGUUCGAUUAAUAGUUUCAUGGGUGAUUCACCAUUUUUCGGAAUCUUUGGAGUUCAACGAAAUGCAGUUAGACAAACUUAUUUGAAAUGGGAAGAUGGAAGAAUCCCAUACACUAUCAGUUCACAAUAUUCUUCUUAUAGGUGGGAUAAUUUUGUAGGUUCUCAAAACAAUUUAAUGAUUUUAGUCGAUCAAAAAUUGCUGAAGCUAUCGAAGAAUAUCGCAAGAAAACAUGCAUUGAUUUCGCGCCAAAAAGUGCUGGAGAUUUGGAUUAUAUUCAUAUUGUUCCAGAUGAUGGAUGUUAUUCAUUAGUAGGAAGAAUAGGUACAUACCUAUUUUUGAAAAAAAAAUGGUUAAAUCUUUUUUUAGGUGGAAAACAACCUGUGAGUCUUGGAGAUGGGUGUAUUCAAAAAGGUAUUAUCAUUCACGAGUUAAUGCACGCUGUUGGAUUUUUCCACGAACAAAGUCGUGCUGAUCGAGACGAGUAUGUUAAAAUUAAUUGGAGUAAUGUGGAAGCUGGUUUGCAAGGUUUGCUAAUAAUCUAAAGAAUCCUUUUCAUCGAAGUUUUUUGUAGAUCAAUUUGACAAAUAUUCAUUGAGUAUGAUUGAUCAUCUUGGAACAAAGUAUGAUUAUGGGAGUGUUAUGCAUUAUGCACCAACUGCUUUUUCCAAGGUAAUAAAAAUGUUACUUGAUAAACAUUUACACAAUUAUAUAUUUUUUUUUCAGAAUGGCAAGCCUACUAUCGAACCAAUAGAGAAGGAUGUUGAAAUAGGACAGCGUCUUGGAUUUUCAGAAAAUGAUAUUUAUAAAAUUAAUAUGCUUUACAAUUGCCCGGCUUUUACAACAACUACAGUAUCACCGGAAAACACUAAAAGAGUGAAAAGUAUUACUAAAAAGCCAGGUCCAAUGAGUGGGAAACAAGGAGAAAUUGGAUCAUCGCUGGGUGGUGACAAGGAUAAAUCAGUGCUUGGAAAUUUGAUAGCUAUUCAUUCCGGAAAUGGGAAAUGCGAAGAUAGGUAAGUAUAUCACAACUAAAUUUUUAAAAUUGUUACUCGGAAAUUUUUUAGACGUAAAGAUUGCGAAUUUUUGGCUCGCGCUGGACAUUGUGAUAGUCGAUUCAGUGUUCGAUUCAUGACUGAAAAUUGUGCUGAAAGUUGUGGAAAAUGUAAGGAAGAAGGAGAAGAUAAGGGCACCAAAACUACGGCAGGCGUGGUUUGUGAAGAUUCAAGAAGUUGGUGCGAUAGAUGGGCAAGUAGUGGAAUGUGCAAUCAAACAAUUUUCAAAGAUUAUAUGCGUAGUAAAUGUGCGAAGAGUUGUAAAUUUUGUUAG